ACCAAAAUCCCACAAAAACAACACACGGAGAGGGUUGGACAGACUCAGGCUCGGACAGCACCUAUAAAAUACAAAGCACCAGAGAGACUCAAGACUGAGAAGGAGUAGAGCAAAACACAGAACAAAUCUGCUAUCUUUAUCAUCAUCUAUCCCAUUCCUCUUUUUGUAUAUUAUAUUAUUUAGAGGUAGAGAGAAAGACAGAGAGAGAUCUCCUGUCGUUCUGCAUUGCCCACUUUGUAGUGGACGAGGUAAUCUCACCAGUUAUUUCCCAAAUAUCCAGAAUUCAGGUUUCGAAGAUUUUCUCAUUGAAGCUUUGAAUCCACUCUCUUUUGCCCUUUUGAUCCAUACCCACAAAAUAAAAAUUGAAAUUGUGAAGGGGGUCUAUUCUCUUUUUUAUUUUUCUUGAAAUUUUGAAGUUUUGCCCUUAAUUAUUUGUUUGAGGGGUAAGGUUAGGGUUUUUGAUAGUGGGUGUUUCCUGUCUUGGUGGAAUUUCUAGGGUUUUUGUUGGAUCGCAACUGGGUUCUGCUCCAAUUCUGCAGUUUUGGACUAAUUAGGGUUUGUCCAGUGCAAGGAACUGGUUAGUAUUGGGAUCAUCGCGGCCCCGCAUCAAAUGACCAUAAGUUCCGAUCUUUUGGGGAAUGGAAUUGUGCAUUGGGCAGUGCCGGGGUGAGUACAUGAACUCUGAGAUUGCAUAGAAUUAUGGAAAGUAUUGUUUUUCUGAGCAUGGAAGAAGAUUGUACAUAUUAAAUUCGGUGCAGGAGUGAUCAGAGACUUGCCAAAUCGGUGUUUUGGAGCAAAAGGGUAUCUGGGUUUUCGCUGCUUUUACAUGCUUGAUCUUCAGCUGGGAAUGAAUUUGGUUUUAGGAUUUGGUAAUGAGGACGAGCUGAUGAUACUGUAUUGGCCCAUAAGGCGACACAGAGGAUUAGAUUGUAGUGGACUGUUUUCGUUUCUCAAGAAACCGUUCGGGUUAACUUAGUUUGAACAAAAUUCUUAGAAAUCUUCUGGAGUAGUUAGUUCAUUUGGUUUUUUUGUUGGAUUUUAGUUCAGAUUUGUGUUCAGUUGUUUACAUUGAGGUGGUGCUUGUGUUGAGCCUUGAUUUUUCAAGUAAGUUUGGUGUGAUAUCUGAUUUACCUGCCUGCACAUCUGUGUGGAAAGGAUUAAAGGAUUGGUUGAAGUGACUGAGAAGCUAAUAGCAGAUUUUUUGUGCUGGGAAUGAAUGCGGGGACAUGGUGCAUGGACAGGAGCAUAGUUGCUGGUUCGUUCCCUUUCUGGAGCAGUGUUACUGGAAACUAAUUCAGGAGUUUUCUUCUUUGGAAGAUACUGGUUUUUGGUACUGUCAGGCUUUAUGCAAUGUCGCGCUGCUUUCCAUUUCCUCCACCCGGAUAUGAAAAAAAGGCUAGGACAGAUGAUGUGGACUUGCUGAAAAAGGAGAAGCACAGAGAAAAGAAGCAUAAGAAGGAAAAGAAGGACAAAGAGAAGAGACAGAGUAAAGAAAAAAGUGAUGGAAAGCAUCGGGAAAAGAAACACAAGGAAAAAAAGAGAGACAAAUGGAAGGAUAAGGAGAAGGACAGGGACCUGGUUAAAGACAAAAUUAGUACCUCAGAUGAGAAGAGAGUUCCAGGAAAAAACGAGGGUCAUGGUGAAGAGAGAUACAUUCAGAAAGAGUACAAAGGCAACUGUAUUGACAAGAGAAUUACGGGGAAAAUUGGAGGUUAUCAGGCAGAGAAACUCGGUCAGUACCGUCAUCUGGCUGAGCAAAACCAGAAUUCUGUAUCGGUGGAGUUGGGUACGAGGAGUAAACAUGAGGCCAGGGCAAGUGGUAACCAUCUGGUUGAGAAUAUUACUGAAUUAGACGGAAACAAGGAUGAUGGGAUGGUCAGAUUGCUGACCAAGGGUACUGACAUUUUGGCCAAAGUUAAGGAAAAGAACAAGGACAGGAGAGUUGAUGACAGAAGGAGAGAUGGGCAAGGAGUCAAGGGGGCAGCACAGGUUAGUGGGAACACGAUGGUUCAGAACCUUCUUGGUGUGGUUGAACCUAAAGUUGGACUUUCCAGACCAUUGGCGAGCAACGUGGAUAGAAAGAUUGUUGGAAAAGAAAAGACCAAAGAGAAGGAAGGUGGUGACAAACUCAAGGACAAACAUAGAGAGAAGAAAAAACAAGGGAUAGACAAGGACAAAGAUAAAGAGAAGAAAAAUGAAGUGAAAGCAAAGGAGAAAAUUGAAUCUAAGAAUGGAGAGCCAUAUAAAGAGAAGAAAAAGGAAGAGAAAGCAAAGGUGAAAAAUGAAACUAAGAAUGCAGAGCCAGAUAAAUUAAGAAAGAGCGAUAAAGAGGAUCAAAUAGAUUCCCAUAGUGUUAUAACCUCCCAGCUUCCAGAGGACAGCAACGAAACUGCUGGUGCUGAUGGAAAUCUUAAGAAACGAAAGGACAUACAGACGAAUGGAGUUGUGCAUGCCAACGAUAUUAGGCCCAGUAAACUGUCGAGACCCUCUUCAUCCUCUCAUCAAUUGCCGGUAAAUGGAAGAACACUAGGACCUUGCCAAAAUUCCAUCCCAUAUGUGUCAGAUAGGCUGGUUGCAGCAAAUGACAUUAAGGUGGACAUUAAGGACCGCAAGAUAAAUGGUAGUGGUGAAGCUCCGUUAUUGGCUGUCUCCACUACCAAGCCGACAUCUACAGCUACACAGGCUGUUCCUAUUGCUGAAGCAUGCAUGAAACCACCCCAUCCGGAUUCCAGAUAUCUAAGCCAUGUGUAUUUGGUUCCGAAAUUGGGUGAAAUGCCUGAUCAUGACGAUCAAGAUUGGUUGUUUGGGUGCAGUGAUGCCCAAUUAAAGAUACCCAAGGUGGAAUCUUCAAAGGUUGAGGAGACACCUAAGGCAUGGUCAGAGGUCCUGCGGAUAGAAUCAGCUGAUGUACAUGCUCUGCCGUAUGUCAUUCCAUAUUGAGCAACUCAAAUGGGCAUGUUUCAACUCAUAACUCUGGUGCGGGCAAACCCUUGAUAGGACCACAUGAGAGUGAAGCUAGAAAGGCGUCUGGGCACCUUGGAUUGUUUUGAGUUUUCUAGCUGCAUUCAUCUGUGAUUGCACUGUUGCAGUGAUCAUGACUCAACACGUCUCAAACACAAAUGUCACUCAAACGUCACCGGACACACUCAACACGUCAGGGCAUGCUCCGGGACCGGGCCGGCUAUUUGGAUUCAAGGGGUGGUUCCCCAACAGCUAAUUCAUUGAAAACGGAAAGUUGCAUAACGCGACCAAGUGAAAGGGGGUUGCGUAGGAAGGGAGAUAGAUAUAUAUAAGGCUUGUGCAUUUUUUGUUGUGAUUUGGUUAGGAGCUGAUAAGCCCACUCUAACUGAGCGUUUAAGAGAAAACUAGAUGUGGUAUAUUUGCAACUCCGCCACAAUUUUGAUUUGUAACAUAGAACAGCUCCUAUUUACAUGAAAUGUCAGAUAGAAGAAGAGUUUACAAGUAGAA